UUCAUGUACGGUGAAUAGAGAAACCGCAAAACCGACAGCAGGCUGCUAGUUGCCUUUAACUCAUCCCUUCUUCCUCCCAAAAUUCGGUCUCUGCUCCCACUUUUUUUCAUCACAAUCUCGAAAAUGUCAGACCAAGUGGAAAGAUACCAAAUUCUUGGUUACAAGGAGGCUCUAACAAGAACCCACCAUUACCCUGUAGCUUGUAAAGAACUAAGCUUGAUUCUACGAGAAGCUUAUAGCAAACUCCCCAAGAAUCUUCAAUCUCUCGUCUUUCAAGACACCCUUUCUUCCUUCAAACUCCUUCCUCAAAUGUGGACAAACAAUGCUGUUUCAGCAGCGCAUCUCCUAGUUCAGAGUGCUGAGGCUACAUUGCCCAAGCAGAAGAAGAAUGUUGCUACAAAAGAAUUCAAACAAGCAAUGGUUGCUUCUAAAAGGCGUGGUAAAGCGUGUCGGAUGCAAGAAUGUCAUACUGAAUUGACACAGGAUGUUCUUGUAGACAUCUUCAGUUUGCUCGACACACGGUCAUUGGUUUCUGCCUCACUAGUCUCCCGAUCAUGGAAUGCUGCAGCUUGUAAUAACCAUCUGUGGCAAUCCCUAUAUGCCACGAUUUUUGCAAGUGACCAUAAUUCCUCGAAUGCUAAGGAUUUGCUGAAUGGCAGGCGAGGUGAGGAUAAUAAGGAUAACAACAGUGUUGAUUGGAGAGAGGCCUUUAAAAGAGCAUAUAUAGACAAUUCAUCGAAGAGACUAACAACUAGUAGAGGCUACUGUUUGUACUGUGAUAUGAUAGUGUGGCUUGAUGGCCUGAAAUGUGGUAGUGGAAAAUGCGGACCGCAGCCUAAAAUGCAGCCAAUUGUUCCCAAAUCAUCUGAGCAGGUUGUUGAGUAUCUAUUAGAUGGCUCUUCAUCUAUGAUGUCCUCGGACAGUGAUAGUGACUUGGAUGAUUGCUUUGAUGAAUGGUACAUUCCCAAGUUAUGGGCACACCCACUGAAUCAGUACAGGCCAGGAUAAAAACUUACUUAGGAACAAAGCAUGGAUUGUUUCAUCCCUUUCAGCAGGGACUCAGAAUCAUUUAUUAGUUGUAGAAUGUCUUACAAGAACGUUAUCUAUCCAUUGAAUGUCUUUAUCAUGAGAACACCGAAGGAGAUAACUCGUAGAUUGUAUGUAUAUAUAUGUUUGUUGUGGAAUUUAACGCCUCUUAAUGGGAAUGGUCCCAUUUUUUUGUGAUAUACAUGCGAGGAUCAUUGCAGCUGAA